AUGAUUCUUGAUCACACCUUGAUUGCCUCACUCGAGAACACCAAAGACAAGAGGCCGACUGACAAGAUCUUGCUCACAAGUCGCUACCGCUUUCCAUGGCAACUCCACCUCAACCGCAGAACCCGCAAACUCGUCGCACAUCAGUACCUCGCCAACUCCGUCUUCCAGCUACCAAAUGCUACUUGUUAUGCCAGAGGACGACCCACCCUCGAAGCCUGGUUGAUCAACGUCGACCCUCUCUACUUCGGACUCAUCACCAAGAUUCGACUCGAUUGUCGCAAAGCAAAGAUGUCGUGUAUGGACAAGCUGUGUAUUGCCGUCGAUGACGUGGCGGGAUGUGGCGAUGCUGUGGAAAAUGCUUGUGGCUACGAACUCGAUGAAAGCGUUUUCCAGAUUGUAACGAACCCCGUGUUCAAGAAACGCGCGGGCCAGAAGAAAGACACGGGCGAAUACACUGUAAAGGAGGCUCGAGAGUUGGGAGACAGUCCGUGGAUUCACCCCGCGUACGUUGAUCGACUUAACUAG